AUGACUCAUCCAUCAAAACGAAAAAUUAAGGUUAAAAAGCAAGAACGAGAUAAUGAUAGAAGGUUUGCAAAAAAGCCACAAAUUAUUGAUGAUUGGGGAGAUGUUGAUGAUAGCGGGUUGGAUGAUGAAAUAGAUUUAUUAAGUGAAAAAGAAGAUAAAUAUAAUGGCUGUUUUAAAAAGCUGCAAAAGGAACUGCUAAAAUUACAACGUUUGUGA